AGUUAUAUCAUGAACGGUGGAUGUUGGUUAGGUCUAGUAUUAAAUUACUGCAAUUCUACAUGCCUCAAGAUCCUCAAGAUUCCGACAGUGGUGAAAUAAUGUCACUAAGGGAAUGGAGACAAGCCAUUCGAACACCUACGACCUAUCGUGUAGGGAACAGAACUUUACGAAUUCAAACACAGUUUGUUAGCUUGGUUGCCUUUAUAGGUUUGGUAGUGCUUUUAGUGAUGUAUACAUAUGCUGUAGAUCAUUCUACUGUCAGUGUAGAAUCUCUCAAAAAUAAGUCUUCAGUUAAACCAUACAUGCCAGUUCCGACUACUUCCAGUCAUGAUAAUUAUAACAGUACAUAUCCACUGACAACACCAAAGAGAACACCUAAAGGAAUCCUCUUUCGAAUAGGAGUGGUUAGUGAUUUGGACAAAGGAUCCAGAAGCAAAAUCGAAGAGUUUACAUGGCUAAGUUAUUACAAAAAGGGAUCCCUAUUAUGGAAUCCUGUUUCAAAAAGCAUUAAGGUAUCGUGGGAUGCAGGUGACACGACUGUGUUGAGAUCAAGUAUUGGAGAGUCAGGUCGAGGAAUGGAGCUCUCAGAACUUGUAGUAUUUAAUGGAAAGCUGUAUGUUGUUGAUGAUAGAACAGGGAUCAUUUAUGAAUUACUGGAUGACGAAGUGAUACCAUUUGUUAUGCUUAAUGAUGGGGAUGGGCGAAUGAAUAAAGGUUUCAAAUCGGAAUGGGCUGCCGUAAAAGACAGGAAAUUAUUUGUUGGAGGUCUAGGGAAGGAAUGGACAACCAACACUGGAGAAGCAGUAAACACACAUCCACAGUGGGUCAAGACCGUUAGUCCAACCGGGGAAGUGGAACAUCAUAACUGGUAUCACAAAUAUCUUUCAGUCAGAAGAAUGCUUGGGAUUGAAUUUCCUGGUUACAUCACACAUGAGGCAGUGGUAUGGAGUGAUGUCCACAAAUGUUGGUUUUUCCUUCCACGACGAUGUUCAAAAGACAGUUACAAUGACGUGCUUGAUGAAACCAGAGGUUGCAAUAUAAUGAUCACAGCAGAUGAUACAUUCACAGAUAUUAAGGUUCUUCAUGUUGGAAAUUUAAUUCCUACACAUGGAUUUUCUAGUUUCAAAUUCAUCCCUGGAAGCUCAGAUCAAGUGAUUGUUGCUCUGAGAUCUGAAGAAAACAAGGGCGCCACUGCAACAUACAUCAUGGGCUUUGAUAUUAUGGGCAAAAUUUUGCUACCUGAAACAAAAAUAGCAGAUGAAAAAUAUGAAGGAUUUGAAUUUAUAUGAAACGAAACUAAUAAAUUUUUAAAUAUCAAUUAAUUAAUUUUGUACAUAAAAAUAUUUCAUACAUCUGAUGUACAGAGGGAGAUCACAUCAUUCUUACUCUGAUAAGAACAGCUGACUGUAUGAUGUCAUGGUAAUUUUUUUUACAAAGAUUUAUUUUACCAUUAUUUGGUAAGCGGUAUGUGGUGUGUAAAAUGUGGCCUCAUUAUUGUUACCUCCUUCCCACACAAGUUUCAAAAUGUCUACAAAAUAUUUAGCAAUUUUAAUUAUAUUUCAGACAUACUAAGCUCAUUUAUUUUUGAUGUCCCCGAAAAUCAGUUAUAAUUGGUCGAUUUCUUUGUACAUACAAGAAGAGCAGCAGCAUAGUUUUAGAGGCAUUGUUCCAAUCCACGGCUAUCACAAGCAGAACAUUCAAAAUAGUAUGUGGGGUAUUAAUCUUCACUCAUACAAAAACUUUGCAAGCAUUUGUGUGUAUCCAAUAAAGGAAAUAUACAUUGGACAUAAGGUUCUCAUGACAGUAACUAUGAUGAAUUCUGUCUUCAGGGUUGUAAGACCAUUCGGUUCAAACACAGCCCCAUAUUUUAGAGGAACAUAUUGUCUCCAUCAUCAAGGUCAAAGAGUAAGCCGAGCAAGCUUAGCUUGUUUCCCUCUCUUGUAUGGUUUGCUCUUCAACAUGGAAGUUGGAGGCAGUGUGUUCCACCAAAAUAUCGGGGUUCUGUGCAACUAUGUGGAGUUACAACCUGGAAAACGGUACAUUCUCAUCAGUAAAUGUUUCCAUCCUGAGCACAAAUAAUUCACAUUUUGUGAUUAGAAGCUCUCGUACUGUCUCACUACCUCGAAACUAUGUACAGCAUGUUGCAUUAAUGUAUGGGAAUUUAAUUUUGUCAAGUUCACAUUCCUCCAGUUACAGUUAUAAGCAAAAUGACUAAAUAACUGGCUGAAAUGUCUGACGUGGUUCAUUAAAUUCCAGGUAACAUUUUCUUUUACAUGUCUGCCUAAAUUAUUGAAACAUGGUCCUAAAAUGUCCCCCACCCCCAAAACAUUACUUAACCUCACGAACAAAUUUUGUUCUGAAGAAAUCCAUCUUCUAGGAUGUGGCGCCGUGUAGAUAUUGUGUUAACCGACAUUGGUUCCUCACUCGCGGAUUUUCUUUUUUCCU